CAGCUGUUGUGAUCCAGGUCAUGACGUCGACAAACAACUCCACGUGCAGCCAUAUCAGUUAUUUCACUCUGAGCGGUAUCCCGCACCUGGAAUACUUGAAUUUUUGGCUUGGCUUGAUCGUCAUCUCAAUGUACAUCAUAGCUGUUGCGGGGAAUGCCACCGUCAUCUAUAUCAUUAAGGUGGAGCAGGAACUUCAUGAACCCAUGUACAUCUUCCUCUUCAUGCUCUCGGUUCUGGAUCUUCUGAUAGCCACCACAAUCAUGCCCCAAAUGCUGAGCAUCUUCUGGUUUGCUGGACAUCAGAUCACCUUCAACAUGUGUCUGACUCAGAUGUUCUUCCUCCACUUUCUGUCCGCCCUGGAGUCCGGGAUACUGGUGGCCAUGGCUGUAGACCGAUAUGUGGCCAUUUGCCACCCUCUUCGAUAUACUGCCAUUCUAACCCACCAGAACAUCACAAAGAUCUCCUUGGUCAACAUCGCCAGAGGUAUGGCUGUGAUGAUCCCCAUCCCCCUGAUCAUUAAGCGGUUGCCCUUGUGGAGGAGUAAUAAUUUGAUUCAUUCCUACUGCCUCCACCAAGAGGUCAUGAAGUUGGCCUGCGCUGACAUUGGACCAAAUAUCAUUUACGGCAUGUUUGUCAUCGCCUCCGUCAUGGGCAUUGACUCCGUGUUCAUCUCCAUUUCAUACAUGCUGAUUGUAAAGGCGGUUGUUUGCCUGGUCAAGGAGUCCAGCCUGAAGGCCAUCAGUACCUGUGCCGCCCACAUAUGCGCCGUCCUUGCCUACUACAUCCCCCUCAUCGGCCUUUCUGUGGUCCACCGGAUUCCCAACUCAGACCCUAACCUUCGUAUACUGUUUGGGAAUAUUUACCUCCUACUCCCCCCUGUGAUUAACCCCUUAAUCUACGGGAUUAAAACCAAGCAGAUACGCAACAGGCUGGUGAAACUGAUCAGUAACAGGAAAAUUGGGAGCAAAACGUCUCAGGACUUCUGA